AUGCGAUUGUCACCAGGCGCUAUGGUUUAUGGAAGGGAUAUGAUGCUCAACAUUCCCAUAGAAGCAGACUUUCAGUUGCUUCGUCAGCGUCGUGAAGCACGCAUCAAUUACAAUUUGUUACAAGAAAACAAACGUCGUAUCCAUUACGAUUAUCAGGUCAACGACCAAGUUCUUAAGCUUGUUCCACAGCCGAACAAGAUUGAAAAUAGGGCCGAAGGUCCAUACACUAUCACUAGAGUACACAUUAAUGGUUCCAUUACCAUUAGGCUUAGUCCACAUGUCGAAGAACGGAUCAACAUCCGUCAGGUCAAGCCAUACCGACAGUGA